CUCCUCGUACAUUUUAACGACGAAAGUUGGAGAGCGUAAAACGAUAAGUAUCUCCUGCCAAAACAGACUCUUUUACGUUGGUUGGUUUUGGUGCGUCAAUUCCUCACACACCGACGUGUGUCCAUCGUGGUUGUCAACCUCUCUCAUCUAUUUAUCCUAGACAGUCGAACUUUCAGAGGAAAAAGGGGGCAUCAUUAUACUUCGGCUCUCUCAGCUCACUCUAUUAACGCGCUUUUCACUCCUCUAGUUCAUAGAAAACAGAAGAAAAACCAAAUUCCUCCAUCUCUUAAAUCCGAAGGCCGUCAAACUCAAGAGGCCGGAAGGCUUAUUCUGGCGUCUCCUCAGAUCCACUUUUCACUCGAAUGUCACGUGACUCGCGUUACAUGCACUACUUUUAAGCUUUUCAAUCAAUUUAGCGUCUCUUGUUUACGGUUUCAUUUUUGUUUAUCUUUCAGUUCCGUCGACAUCUGAACGAGAAUUUUUCAGAAGACCUUUCGGCGGCCGCACUUGUGAUAAGUUUUCGGGACAAACAAUCCUGUGACUGUGGAGAAGGUUCAUGGAUUGUGGGAUUGAUGAUGCUGAAUUUAGGAGACGUGGAUCAUUUGGUCAAGCAAGCAGUGCAAGUUCUUCAUUGGGAAGAGACAGGUGAUAUUGGGGAUCGAGCGCUUCACAACCGCCGGAACAGUGACAGUGGUAGCCUGCGGUUCUCUAUUGAUCAUGCAUCGGAGAAUGGAGAAACUAUUCCCUUUUCAGAGUUAAAUCUAUUGCAAUCUUUGGGGUUCCGGUCUCGUGAUCCCGCUGCACUCAAUGCAGUCAGUGUGGUGACACCUUUACCUGAGGAAAUCAUAUUUCGUCCCGCAACGCCAUUACAUUUGUCUGAGGAUCAAAAACAGGAGAAGGAGAAAGUGUUACCAUUGUCAUUGGAGUAUAUAUCAUGUCUUCUCCAUUUGGCUGUUUUUGGGAUUCUUGGGACAUUAACAAGGUAUUUGCUGCAAAAGCUUUUUGGCCCCAGUAUUGCUCAUGUGACAAAUGAAUUGAGCAUCCUAUACCUUGACCUUCCUUCUAAUAUGAUUGGUUCUUUCUUGAUGGGCUGGUGGGGUGUUGUUUUCAAAGGAGACAUUUCCAAAGUCUCUGAAUUUUUAGCCAUCGGUUUGACAACUGGCUACUUGGGGAGCCUUACAACUUUCAGUGGCUGGAAUCAGAAAAUGCUUGAUCUCGCCGUCAAUGGAAAGUGGGUGCAUGCUUUUCUCGGCUUUUUCCUAGGAUUGUUUCUUGUGGCCUACUCCAUAAUUUUCGGGAUUGAGACAGCCAACGGUUUCAAGUGGCUUCUAAAAAGAUUUUACUCAAGUACAAACAAAGAAAUUCCGGACUUGAGCAGCAGCUGCAGAGUGGAUAGUUUAAAGCGUCAUUUGGCAGCAAUGGUAAUAUUGACUCUUUUGCUAGGAGUUUUAUGGUGUGUGAGUGGAGUGCUAAUGAAGAAGGAAUAUGAUAGUGAUAGCAGUGAGGCCCAGCUAUGGUUGAGUUGCAUUGUUGCGCCUCCAGGCGUCUGGAUCAGGUGGUUCUUAGCCCGACUGAAUGGACGUGGGUUAGGGAGGGCUGGUUAUCUGAAAUGGGUUCCAUUUGGUACUCUGAUUGCCAAUGUUUCCGCAGCUCUUAUCGUGGCAGCACUUGCUACUGUCAGGGAGGCGGAGAAUAAUAAUACCAGCAAUGUAGUUGUCGGUGGCAUACAAUUCGGAUUUCUGGGUGGUUUGAGUACAGUGUCUACUUUUGUUGCUGAGUUCAAUGCAAUGCGGGAGAGCAACCAACCGUGGAGAGCCUAUGCAUAUGCCCUUGCCACAGUACUAAUCUCCUUUGCCAUAGGGAUUCCGAUGUUCUGUGUACCUGUGUGGACGAGGAAUUUCAAGUUCUGAAUGGAUUCCAAUUUAAACAGCUUAUUUGCUGUUCCAUAAACAAGAGCACAAUAAAUAAUUACAAGAUUUUGUUCCACUGCAC